AUGGGUCAACUAACUUUUCUUUGUGUAUAUCUUGUGCUAUCAUUAACGAAGGGAGAGCAAAUUAAUCGUUUUAGGCGAAAGAUUCCUGAUAACAUUCUUUUUGGAGCAGGAACUUCUGCUUAUCAAAUAGAAGGAGCUUGGAAUGAAGAUGGAAGAACUGAAAGUGUCUGGGAUUACAUCAGUCAUGCUGAACCAUGUGAAAUACAUAACUGUGACACUGGUGACAUUGCUGCCGAUUCGUAUAAUAAUUAUAAGAGAGACGUUCAAAUGAUGAAGGAAAUGGGGCUUGACGUUUAUAGAUUUUCGAUCUCCUGGAAUAGGAUACUUCCAACGAAUUCACCCAAUAAUAUAAAUGAAGCAGGGGUUGCUUACUACAAUAAAUUGAUAGAUGAAAUGCUAAAGUACAACAUAACACCUAUGGUUACAAUUCAUCACUUGGAUGUCCCGCUUCAAAUAGAUGAACUUGGUGGUUGGGUUAAUCCAAAAAUGGUUGAUUGGUUUGUUAAUUAUGCGAGGGUCCUUUAUGAAUUAUUUGGUGACAGGGUUAAAACUUGGUUUACAAUCAACGAACCACGUGAAUAUUGUAUACAAAGGUCAAUGAAACCUGGUUUUGAUGAUUAUAUCUGUGCGAGACAUAUGCUUUUGGGUCACGCAAAAGCUUAUGACGUAUACAAAAAUGAAUUCAAAGCUAAGUAUGGUGGUAAAGUCGGAAUUGUUUUAAAUUCUUUAUGGUAUGAACCAGAAAGUGAAAAGGAUGCCGAAGCAGCAGAAGAUAAACUACAAUUCGAACUAGGGCAGUAUGCACAUCCCAUAUUUUCAAAAACUGGCGACUGGCCACCACUAAUGAAAAACAGAAUCGCAGCUAAGAGUGCAGCUCAAGGUUUAAUGGAGUCCAGAUUACCAGAAUUCACGCCCGAAGAAGUGGAACUAAUUAAAGGCAGUUCAGAUUUCUUUGGAUUAAAUCAUUAUACAUCAGCCUUAGUUUACCGAAACAAUUCUGUUCAAGGAUUUUAUCCAUCUCCAUCAUAUGAAGAUGAUACUGGCGUUAUAAUGUAUCAACCGGAGACCUGGGAGAAAACUAUAGCACCAUGGCAUAAAGUUGUCCCCUGGGGUUUCUAUAAGCUAUUAAACAAAAUACGUGAAGAAUAUGGAAACCCUCCUCUGUAUGUUACUGAAAAUGGUUGUCCGACCGGUCCUGGCUUGUUAGAUACACAGAGGGUAACCUUUUAUAGAAAGUAUUUAAAUGCUAUGUUAGAUUCCAUAGAAGAGGGAUCUGAUGUCCGAGUGUAUACUGCGUGGAGUUUGAUGGACAACUUCGAAUGGAUGAUGGGUUAUCAUGAUAAAUUUGGUAUGUAUGAAGUGGAUUUCAACAGCCCAACACGGACAAGAACCCCAAGAGCUUCAGUUUUCUAUUAUAAGAAAGUUAUUCGAACGCGUAGAGUUUGA